GGAGAGCAGCUAGUGAGGUCUUCCUGCAGCAAGGUGCCAGACUGGGGUUCACAGGAGCUUUAAACCCGUCGCGGUGCCAGAGCCGAAGAGCUGGAGCCGGAACCGUUCUCUGCUCUUCCAAUCCCCAUCCCGCUGCCCCACCAAAAUCGUCCCCCAGAGCUUGGCCCGUUCUCGAGCUUGAGUUUGGCUCGCCCACUCAACAACGGAGGCAACCGUCAUGACCCACGCCCACGACGACGCGGGCGAGAUGGGCUUUGCCUCGUGUCCCUGGCCAAUCUGGCGGACCGACGACUUCACGCAUUGUUUUCAGCAAGACUACCUCAAAGUCCUGCUGCCAUUGGUCGUUGUCAGCCUGUCCCUUCUCCGACUCGCCGCCCAGAGCAUCGCGCGUGCCGUCAAACUAAAAAGCGACCGAGGGUACGAGCGCAUUGGCGAUGGCCCGGUGACAUUAACGCCGCCGGCCCACACGGAGCUGCCCUGCGAGGAAGAGCCUGUCAGCGAGGAUGAAGAGGACUUGACCAUCAACGGCGGCCGCCUUGCGCUGGCCAAGACCCCCACGAAGGGUUCGAUCGUGGCGGCCGACAUCCCCCCGGGCCAGACGCUCUCCGUUCUUGCCGAGGAGGUCGCCGUUGCUGGUCUCGUCGCCGUCAAUGCUGUCGCCCUGGCUACCGGCGCCUAUGACCGGAAUCAGACUCGCAUUGCUGCCACGGUUGGCCUGAUCGUCUGGGUCUACGUCUUGGUCCUCGCCUCGCUGCGGCUCUUCCUGGGGAACACGCAAUGGCGCGUCCCGCGGCUCUGGAACCACACAGCUGCCAUUUACGGCUUCCAAUGGCUCUUCUCCGUCGUCAUAUUCCGUUCCGUUCUGAUCCAUCCGAGCUCCCGGAUCGCACAGACGCUGGUGAUCGCCGAAUUUGUCUUGACAUCGCUGCUGUUUGGCAUCGCCAUCAGCACGCGCAAGGGGAACAAGACUAUCCUGCUUGAAUGGGAGGAUGGCAUCGAGCCCAGCCGGGAGAACCUGGCCUCCCUGUUCUCCUACUACACCUUCUCCUGGGUUGACUCGAUCAUUUGGGCCGGCUGGAAGGAGCCGUUGGACAUCAAGAGGGUUUGGAACCUGCUUCCCAAAGACAAGGCUGCCGCCGUUCUGGCCAAUUACCGCCACUUCAAGAAGACCACGUCUCUGUCAUUCCACCUUGUGAAGUACUUCAAGGGCUUGUUGCUCGCCCAGGCUGCCUGGGCCGUCCUGAGCGGCGUGCUCACCUUUGCUCCGACCCUGCUCCUCCGGGCCAUCCUGCAGUAUGUCGAGGAUCCCGCGGUGGCGCCUAGGAAUGUUCUGUGGCUGUACGUCAUUCUCCUCCCCUUGUCCGACCUCGUUCGCUCUGCCUGCGACGGCCAGGCCCUGUGGAUUGGCCGCAAGAUCUGCAUCAACAUCCGGGCCAUCUUGGUGGGCGAGAUCUAUGCCAAGGCGCUGCGCAGGAAGGCGGCGGCCGGCAAGGACACGAACCUUGGAGCGGACAAGAAGAAGAGCUCUGAAGCCGACCGCACGAAAGAGGGUAUCGUCGCCCGCGCGAAGCGGCUCUUUGGCUUCGGAAAGGACACCAAGGACGGCCAAGCGGAGACAAAUCGGGCUGCCGAUGAAUCGGCUGGCAAGAAGGAGGACGAUGCCGAUGAGCAGGCCAACCUGGGCACCAUCAUCAAUCUGAUGUCGGUCGACAGCUUCAAAGUGUCCGAAGUGACCGCAUACAUGCACUUCCUCGUCGCAUCGGCGCCCACACAGCUGCUCGUCUCCAUCGGUCUGCUCUACCAGGUCAUGGGCCUCAGCGCCAUCCCCGGCUUCGUCGUCAUGGCGCUGCUGCUGCCCGUCAACAUUGCCUUCGGCAAGGGCUUCAACUCAAGUCAGAAGAGGAUCAUGGCUGCUACGGACAAGCGUAUCCACGCGACAAACGAGAUCUUGCAAAACAUUCGCAUCGUCAAGUACUUCGCCUGGGAGCACCGCUUCGCCAAGAUCGUGGAUGAGAAGCGGCGUGCGGAGCUCAAGGCUCUGCGGAAGCGCUUCGUGAUCUGGGCUGCCGCCGUGGCCGUCUGGAACGCUGUGCCAAUCCUGAUCACGUUCUUCUCGUUCCUCGUCUACACGGUCGUCGAGCAGAAGCCGCUGUAUCCGUCCGUCGCGUUCACGGCCAUUUCGCUCUUCAUGCUUCUCCGCUACCCGCUCGACCAGCUCGGCGACAUGAUCGCCCACGUCCAGGAGUCCAAGGUGUCGAUCGACCGCAUCGAGGAAUUUUUAUCCGAAGAAGAAACCGAGAAGUUCGCCCAGCUGGGCAUUGACAACGUUGACGAGAACGGCAACAGGGUCAUCGGCUUCCGGAAUGCGACGUUCAUCUGGGGCGGCAAGAACACCGUUGCCGAGGACGGGUCUAUGGCUUUCCGCCUGCUCGAUCUCGAUGUCGACUUCAAGAUCGGCAAGCUGAACGUCAUCACGGGCCCGACGGGAUCCGGCAAGACGUCCAUGCUGAUGGCGCUGCUUGGCGAGAUGACCAUCAUGAAGGGUCGCGUCUACCUCCCCGGCGGCCGCAGCCGCGAGGAUGUCCGGCCCGAUCCCGAGACGGGGCUCAGCGAGACUUGCGCCUACGUCGCCCAGCAGGCCUGGCUUGUGAACGCCAGCAUCAAGGACAACAUCCUGUUCUCGGCUCCCUACGACGAACAGAGGUACCGCGACGUGAUCGUGGCCUGCGGCCUGGAACGCGACCUGGAAAUCCUCGACAACGGAGACGAGACCCUGGUGGGCGAGAAAGGCAUCACGCUCUCUGGCGGCCAAAAGCAGCGCAUCUCGCUCGCCCGAGCCGUGUACUCCAACUCGAAGCACCUGCUUUUGGACGACUGCCUCAGCGCUGUCGACUCCCAUACCGCCCAGUGGAUCUUCAACAACUGCAUCAUGGGCCCUCUCAUGCGCCACCGCACCUGCAUCCUUGUCUCGCAUAACAUCCCGCUCUGCGUGCCGCCGGCCGACUACGUCGUCACCAUGGCCAACGGUCGUGUCACUGGUCAGGGAACGCCGCAGGAGCUCAUCGCAGCCGGGAAGUUGCCCGAGGACGUUGCUGUUCAGAAGUCUGCGCCAGGAUCAGUUCACAUCUCCCGGGUGCCGUCGCGCGUCCCUUCCAGCGUCGGCGAGGAGAGCGGUGACACUCUGGUGAACGAGCCAGAUGGCGAUCAACAAAGGACGAGAAACGAGGCGGCCAAGAAAAAGGAGACCAAGAAGCAAGAUGCCAUGGAGGAGGCCAAAGCCACGGGCGCGGUGAAAUGGCCCGUCAUGAAGCUCUACCUUCAGUCAAUGGGAAGUUGGUGGUUCUGGCUCGUGACAGCUCUCGUCUUCGGGGCGCAGCAACUUUCUGGCGUCGCCUCCAACAUUUGGAUUAAGGAAUGGUCCAACCAAUACGCCACUGAGGGCGCCGCGACGAUGCCGUUCAACACAAACUCGCAGAGCUACUCGGCACAGACGCUGUCCCCGACCUACCUCGCCUUCACUGCGAACUUUGCCCGGGGAAGCGCGACAGCUUUCUCCGCCACUGGGGCUGGGGUUCCCGAAGUGAACAUCACAUACUACCUGACGGUGCUGGCAAUCAUUGGCAUAGCAGGCGCGGUAUCCGCUCUCGUCAGAGACCUGUGGAUUUUCUUCGGCUCGCUCACCGCGUCGUGGAAGAUCCACGACCGCCUGAUGAGGGCCGUAACUGGCGCCAAGUUCAAGUUCUUUGAUGUCACGCCGCUGGGGCAGAUGAUGAACCGCUUCAGCAAGGAUCUGGAGGCUGUCGAUCAGGAGAUCGCGUCGAUCGCCAUCGGCGUCAUGUCUUGUGCCUUGGGGAUUGUCGUGACUAUCGUCAUCAUUGCCUACAUCACCCCUGGCUUCCUGAUUGCCGGUGUCUUCAUCAUGCUGGCAUAUGCUUUCCUCGGCCAGUUCUAUCUUCACGCCUCGCGCGAUCUGAAGCGGCUGGAGUCGGUCGAGCGGAGCCCGCUGUUCCAGCAGUUCGGAGAGACCCUCAGCGGUGUCACCACCAUCCGCGCGUACGGCGACGAGAGGCGCUUCAUUCGCGACAACCUGGCCCGGAUCAACACGCAACUGCGGCCGUUCAUCUACAUGUGGGCUACUAACAGAUGGCUCGCGUUCAGGACCGAUCUCUUGGGCGACCUUGUUGCGUUCUUCGCCGGCGUGUUCGUCAUCCUCAGCCUGGGCAAGAUCGAUCCGGGCUCAGCGGGCAUCUCGCUCAGCUAUGCGAUCGGGUUCGCCGAGAAUGUUCUUUGGCUGGUCCGGCUGUAUGCCAUGAACGAGCAGAACAUGAAUUCGGUCGAGCGGAUCAAGGAGUACUUGGAUGUCGAGCAGGAGGCGGCGGCCGUUGUCGAGAAGAACCGGCCGCCAGAGAACUGGCCUUCCGAGGGAGCAGUGGAGUUCAUCAACUACAGCACCCGGUACCGUAAAGAGCUAGACCCGGUUCUGCGCAAUCUCACGUUCAAGAUUGAGGCCCGCCAGAAGAUUGGUAUCGUAGGAAGGACUGGCGCCGGCAAGAGCUCGCUCGCGCUGGCGAUUUUCCGGGCUCUCGAGGCGGACGAAGGCAAGAUUCUCAUUGACGACAUUGACAUUGGCCAGAUUGGCCUCCGCGACCUGCGCGAGGCCAUCACGAUCGUGCCGCAAGAGCCGACGCUCUUCAUGGGUACCAUCCGCAGCAACCUCGACCCCUUCGACCUCUACACCGACGAGCAGAUCUUCACGGCGCUCCGCCGCGUCCAUCUCAUCGGACCCGACGAGCUCACAGCAGCCACCAAUCCGCCCACGCCCGCCCUCGUCCUUCCCGAGGCCACUACCGCAUCGGACACCGUCGCCGCCACCAGCCAAGACCAAGACCAAACCGGCCAGCAACAACAGACGUCCCGGCCGCCGUCCACCACCACCGCCACCAACAAGAACAUCUUCCUCGACCUUUCCUCGCCGGUGACCGAGUCCGGCAACAACCUCUCGCAGGGGCAGCGGCAGCUGCUCUGCCUCGCGCGGGCGCUACUCAAGCAGCCGACCGUGCUGGUCAUGGACGAGGCGACCGCGUCGAUCGACUACGCCACCGACGCGGCCAUCCAGGAGACUAUCCGCGAGCUGACCAGCACCAUCAUCACCAUCGCCCACCGCCUGCAGACCAUCGUCGACUAUGACAAGGUGCUCGUGCUCGACCACGGCCGCGUCGUCGAGUACGGCCACCCGUGGGAGCUCCUGCGCAAGCAGGGCGGCAGCUUCCGCGGCAUGUGCGAGAUGAGCGGGGACUUUGCCUCGCUGGAGGCCGCGGCCAAGAGGGCCUGGAAGGGCAGGCAGUUGGUGGAUGUUGAUGAGAAUAACGAUGAGGAUGGGGAUAGGAAUAGGGGUGGGGAGGGUGACAACGGGCAGGAAGGUGCGCCUGAACAAACCGGCGCGAGUGUCGAGGCGGUAGAGCCUGUGGCUGUGGGCGAAGAGACUCGGGAGGGGCAAUAGUCGGCGCGGUUACGGGCUAGGACAUAGAAGAUGGUUGUAUCGGGGUUUUAGUUUAGUUUCGAGUUGGAGAUGGUGUCCGGCCUGGCUGUUGCUGGUCGCCGGGUUCAAAUUGAAUAUU